ACGAGUGAGGGGUGAGGAAUAUAAAAAGCAAAAAUUGAAUACUUGAAGUCAGUGAGGUAGAUCAGAGGAAGGAGCGUGAAUGAAGAUGUGGUAAAGCGACUGUUACGUAUGUGCGCGGUGUAAAAUUCUACGAGAGAUUCAAUAAAAGAGUAAAAUUACGAGAUAGAUCGACUGGAAGAAACGAUGUGACAAACGCACAUCGAAGAAGAGACGAGCGGCAAAUAAAGGUAGAGCAAUAGCGUGUACGAGUAACACGUUCACGCGUCGUACACGAACGUGCACGAUUUCGCGCAACGAGACGGAGUCUUCGAUCUUGCAGUCGGUGGUGGUGGUCGAAAAGUGAAAAGUGCUCGACCACGAAGGUGCAUGUAUCGAAAUCUGCCGUGAGAAAUCACGCGUGGUGGAUCACGCUCGAGCGUGGUGGAAGUGCUCGCUGCGAAAACAAACAAGUCGUAUAUCGCGUUCGCCAUCUUGCGUGCCUUCGCGCAAGUGGGGACGGUUAGUGAGGAGUAACAGGAACAGCAGCAGCAGCAUUGUCACCGUGUCGAGCAGCGAGCGGAGCGUGUGUUCCUCGUUCGAGAGAGUAGGUCACGCGAGAGUAAGGAAAAAGCAACGGUGGCAAACGGUGAGGAAGUCGGUGAAGACGAGGGAGAAGAAGAGGCGAAGGAGAAGGAACACGAACAAAGAGGAAGGAGGAGACACGGUGGCCAACAGUCACCGGAUGUGGUCGAAUUUGCGAGGAAUGCGCACUGGGAGGACUGCGAGGGAAGAGGAGCUUGAAACAAGGUAGCAUCGCGCUAACAGGUUCCCGGGGAGCCGUAUCGUGCUAAUUCCUUCGCAUCGUCGUCGUCGUCGUUAUCGUCCCCACCACCAUCAUCAUCACCACCACCACCACCACCACCACCACUACCACCACGACUACCAACACUACCGCCAUCGCUCUGCCCUGGAUACCGUGAUUAUUGCGCAGUUUGAAAAAUUGCUGAGCACGGACGCCGCAUACGGGAACGCGGGAUAUCGUCUCCCGAGAGGCAGCCCGCAGACGUUAACGUUGGGUUGGACGUGAGGGUGAGUGACGACAUAGCGAAUCGGCACGAGAGGGAGGUGGAUAUCCGAGCCAUGACGAACUCCACGCCCAAGUUGAACAACAAAGUUGAACAGCAGGCCUCGCCGAAUGUCGGGGCCGACCGGCACCAACGCCAUUGUCACCGUUAUCAUCGCUCGAACAAGUCGUCGCCGUUCUUCCACAGCGGUGGCCGUCGCGCCAGGACCAACAGUGGCGGCCGAUUGAGCUGCAGCCCGCAGCACUCCCCGUCCAAGAGCACGAGGAACUCGCCGCUACGCGGCGAGUGCAGUCCACGUGGCAGCCCGACCAACAACAGCUUCUACGCGGGUGCCAAAUUUUCAGAACCACCGUCGCCCGCCAGCCUCCCAAAACCGCCGAGCCACUGGGUCACGAGACUGAUGAACGGCUGUCACCAGUCGGUCCAGGAUAUCUCGAGGCACCUGACAAUGGUGUUGCAGGUCCAGGCCUGAUAUCCAAGCACCCAACAGCACGCCCGCCAUUCGAGAGUUGGCUGCCAGCAGCAACUUGUAAAGAGUCAGGUAUGAUACAGAGAGAAUAUCGUGGUCGAUCCUCAGCCAAAGAGGACGACGAUGACGACGACAGGGCUAAUCUGUCUCGAAACUCGUAAUCGCAAGGCAUACAGGGACGACGACGACGAUGAUGAUGAUGAUGAUGAUGAUGACGACAGUAACGAUAAACGAUGCGAAUGAUGAUGGUGAUAACGGUGACACGCUGCAUCCCCGCGUGCGGGUCGUGCUACACACGGGCUUUCGAUUUUAUCGCGCGCGCGCGAAUACAAAGUAUUCACCGAGUGAAUGCCGCAGUCUGUUCUUUACGCUAAGAUACGCAGCAUACAGACUAAUGAUAGACUAUAUAUCGCGAAAACGCGGUGCUCGGCGUUCCGAUGACCGCGAUCGAUGCGCGUUGUCCACGAGAUACAUAUACAUAUAUACAUAUAUAUACAUACAUGUGUGUAUAUAUAAAUAUUUAUAUAUACACAUACGUACAUAUAUAUUGCGUUCUGGGACUCCAUCACGCGCCGUCUGUGACAAAACGUAUAAACAUAUUGUAUUUUAGAUUAUCAUAUACCGCGCUAAACUUACAGAAGACAUACAGAAAGACACGUACACAUACGUACAUAUACAUAUAUAAAUAUAUAUGGAAAGAUAUAUACAUAUGUGUAUAUAUAUAUAUAUAUAUAUAUGUAUGUGUACUAUUCACAUGUUAACACAAUACGAAAUUCAAACAGGAGUUACAAUCCUCAGUCUGACGAGACGACAAGCACAAACAAGCGAAGUUGCAUUGCGGUUUCGGAAACGAUGCGCUUCAAUAUCGCCACUUACGACGAAAGCGUUCAAUUUUUCACGCGAUAUCUUUCACUUCAAUUUUGGAUACUCGCGUAUAUUGCACCACACAUUCUCAAAACUGCAGUAUUCUUGCAUGUACAUUUUGUCUUAUCGUACUCCGAUCUCGAACAGCAACGUCGAGAAACAUCACAACCGAUACUUGCUCCAUAACACGAAAAUGUCAGAUAACAUUGAUCGUUUAGUAGCUGGCAGACUAAUGCUCGUUAUCUCAUUGGCCUCAUCUCAUUAACAGUUUUCUUUCACGGAUUUUGUUAUUCUUGGUAACGAGCUUUUUCUAGUUGGCUAAUCAUUUCGGAAUUGUAUGAGACACGGCUUCGUGCGGGAGAUUUACUUCAGAUAGCUCUUUUUAGUUUCCGUUUAUUUUUCUUUCGCAUUUUUUUUUAUUGCAGAUAUUUUUAUUUUCUUGCUAGUCUGUUGUACUGCAAGUGAGGUAGCCGCGUAAGAUAUGAGGCAUUGAAUUUCUUGGGCGUGUAUUAGGAGAGCAAGAGUUAAUCGAGCACGACACUGACGUAGUGGAGAGGAAGGAAGAUCGGGAUAUAAUGGGAGGAAUCUGAAUGAAAGAUAAGAAUCAAAUGAAUGUUUCGGUUGUGUGUGUAUAUGUGAAUGCUUCGGAUACGAUAAUGAUCGCAAAACUGCAGCGAGUCCACAUUUUGAUCGUAUUGGUGCUUGACUCUUGGCAUGUUUCAAGGAAACCAGUGACUAAUUGCGCGUAACAUAAAUUUAAGGUUUACUUUUAUUGUAAUUGGAAAAAUUUUGCAAGAUAGCAAGAAGGAAAGAGAAAAAUGGAAGAGGAGAGAGUUAGAAAGACAAAAAAAGAGUCUCGUCAAGUUUAUCCAUUGCAAAUGAGAGACAACUGAGUAUGUUUCUCUCUUUUUUCUCUCUUAUUCACAUAACAGAUUAUGAACCGUAUGCUAAUUAGAAGUCAUUAUGGUAAUUCUUCUAUUAGUUACGUGUAAGAAAUUUACGUAUGAACGUAUUGAGAUACUUUAUUUAGAAACAUAUAUAUUCCGAUCUGAUGACUCAUCUUAGCAUUGAAUACGCUGUCUGAUUGUCGAAAUGGCAUGAUAUAUGUGAUACUUAUCUAAACAUGUUUAAAUCUUAAAACCAGACAGUCGUAUCUAAUGCUAAAUGCACGGUCAGUGUACGAUCCGCAAAUUCAUUGAGGACAAAAAUUUCGCGGAGAGAACAUUAGCAUCGCGAUUAUUCAUUGGCCUUGCUUAACUAACUCUGGGCAAAUGUUGCUUAUCCUUGUUUGAAUCGUGGUCGUAGUUUCGACAUAGACUGAGGCGGAGGAUUUAAUGAGCUCGGUUAAUGUUAACCGAUGUCGAAUCAACCCGUCCUUGAGAAGCCGGUCCUUUAUCCGGGACAAUGUACCGAGGUUUUUGUUGUCCACAAUUUACGGUCACAAUUGUCAUAUCAAAUUCACACCAUCUUUUGUGUCUAUAUUGGACAACAAACGAAUUUAAUCUGUUUAUCCGAUAUAACAAUGACAGUAACAAUUAAGGAUAGUAUUAAUAACAAUAGUAGUGAGAUAAGGCCUUAUGAUAUAUAAUAGCGUGAGGAAUACAAUCAAUUUGAUAUUGCAGGUAAAAUUCAACAGCAAUCAGCAUUAUACGAGAUAAUUUUUGAAGUACAUGUUUUCUUUGUUUCUCUUUUUUCUUUGCCGCAGACGAGUGCAUUUCAAUCCGCGAACUGAGCAAAAUUAUUGGACGUAAUAUAUUUUAGCUAGUAUUGGUCCUAUAUUUUUUUUUUAGGUUUCCGAGUAACUUGCAUUUUUUUCUUUUUUUUUUUUCCCCCUAAACAAUGCGCUCCUUUUCCUCUUUACGUCGAUUCUUUUUGCGGUAAGCAAUUGGUCUUAAGUGGGAUGAGUUUGCGAAACAGAUGCGAAUAUUGACUAGAGAAAGUAGAUACGAGUGAACGAAACAAAAAGUAUGAUGAUAGCAAGAUAAUACCAAAAUGAGCGAUUUCGAUUUUUCAAUAGAUUUCAAUUUCUUGUUCUGUAUCUAUAGUUAUGUAAAAUCUGUUUAUUUGUAAACAAUAUCUAUAGACAACUCUUACGAUAACACGAUGAAUAAUGAUCGUUUGAUUUGAUUUGUGACGUUAGAAAUUUAAAGAAAAACAAGUACGUUUCUAUGAGCGGACAAUGGGUAUUCUAUCGAAUGUAAACUCGUGCACGUGGCUUUUCUUUCCUUCUUGGUGUUUGGUCGUCGUGCGACGGUUUGAGAGAAAAUCGAUAUGCCGGGAUACGCGAAGAGAAAGUUUCGGACUUGUUUUCUUUUUGCCUUCACAAUUUCAUUUACGUACGCAGGUAUUACGAAUCGUUAGUCCAGAGGUUAUUUUUAUACAGUCAGUACGCACUUUCACGUCCGAAAUUGAGUUGUUCCGCUAACGACAAUACUCAAACAACUUAUAUUUGCGUGCAACUACGCUAUAAUUAUUAUAUAAUUAUAUCAAU